AUGUCUACGAAGAAAGAAUACACUGCUAAGGUUUUGACUGACGGUCUCUACUUUGGUGAGUCUCCCCGGUACCGAGAUGGCAAGCUGGUCGUCAGCGACAUGAUCGGUCGCAAGAUCUACUCCAUCGAUCCGGAUUCUGGCAACAAGGAGGUUCUCCUCGAACUCUACGAGUACAAGGAUGGAAAGUCAGAGCUAUAUGCAGACAUGAGUGGAACCAUGACUGGCUACUGCGGGGACAUGGCCAUCGACAAGUCGGGGAGGGUAUUCUUGGACGACACAGGUGCCCGUGUCCUUCACGGCGAGACUCCUCGUGUGGGACGCUUGCUCCGAAUCGACCCAGACCACAGCGUCCACAAGGUCGAGGAUAAAAUCGUCUUCCCCAACGCUCUCUGCAUCAGCGCGGACGGCAAGACGCUCUACAACGCCGAGACGUUCGGCUAUGGUCUCCUCAAGUUCGACCUCGCCGAGGACGGAUCCCUGAGCAACCGACAAAAGGUGCGGACUCCGGCGAGCGUCGCUGGAUAG